GCCCAGCGCAGUGGAUAGCGAAGCUGUUCCCAGCGGAGUUGCGGCGCCCGUCGCGUCGGGAUUGAAACUGUAAUGGGCACCGAGGGGAAAGCCGGGAGCAAACUGUUGUUUCUCUUCACGUCUAUGAUCCUGGGCUCCUUGGUGCAAGGCAAGGGUUCGGUGUACAGUCCUCAGACUGCCGUCCAGGUUCCUGAGAACGACUCUGUCAAGUUGCCCUGUAUCUACUCUGGCUUCUCCUCACCCCGCGUGGAGUGGAAGUUCGUCCAAGGCAGCACCACUGCGCUUGUGUGCUAUAACAACCAGAUCACAGUUCCCUAUGCAGACCGCGUCACCUUCUCAUCCAGUGGCAUCACCUUCAGCUCUGUGACCCGGAAAGACAAUGGAGAGUAUACUUGCAUGGUCUCUGAGGACGGGGGUCAGAACUACGGGGAGGUCAGCAUCCACCUCACUGUGCUUGUGCCUCCAUCCAAGCCGACAGUCAGUAUCCCCUCCUCUGUCACCAUUGGGAACAGGGCAGUGCUGACCUGCUCAGAACACGACGGUUCCCCUCCUUCUGAAUAUUCCUGGUUCAAGGAUGGGGUACCUAUGCUUACAGCAGAUGCCAAGAAAACCCGUGCCUUCAUCAAUUCUUCAUACACCAUCGAUCCAAAGUCAGGGGAUUUGGUCUUUGACCCUGUGUCAGCCUUUGAUAGUGGCGAAUACUACUGCGAGGCACAGAACGGGUAUGGGACAGCCAUGAGGUCAGAGGCUGUACGCAUGGAGGCUGUGGAGCUGAAUGUGGGGGGCAUCGUGGCAGCUGUCCUGGUAACACUGAUUCUCCUUGGACUCCUGAUUUUUGGCAUCUGGUUUGCCUAUAGCCGUGGAUACUUUGAAAGAACAAAGAAAGGGACUGCACCGGGUAAGAAGGUCAUUUACAGCCAGCCCAGUGCUCGCAGUGAGGGAGAAUUCAAACAGACCUCGUCAUUCCUGGUGUGACCUGCUGGGGCUCAUCUCAUGUCCACUUGCCUUACUCAGGUGCUACAAGUUCCAGCCCCUGCUGGCUGUAGCUGCACUGGAUGCCUUCAAUGUCUUCUAGGUCCCCCGGGACCCCUUGCUUUUAUUCUAGCUAGGAUAUGAAUUUAAUAACAUCAGCUACUUCUCCCUCCUCUUUCCCGCCCUCCCUCCUUUCCUUACCACCAUUGCGUGGCCUGAGACUAGUUACAAAGUUUUCAUUCCCCAUUCCUAUGUGGGAUUGGACAAGAGUCCUAGACUAGGCAGUAAUAAUGACUGGGCUGACAGGAGCCCAAAACCACUACCUGCCUGUAAAGGCCUCUCCAUAAGGACUUUGAGCCUAGCUUCCCAGCUUUCCUCCCCGGGCGGAGUGCCAGUUGCUCUAGAGUGGGGACUGGAGGAAGAUGGGCUGAGGCAUUUGAUGGUGACCUCAGGUGUCUAGCCUCUGGAGCCUGCUCUUUGUCUCAAAAUGUGCCACUGGGAUUCUCCUGGAUACAAGUAAACUGACACCGUGUCCGAACAAGGUGGGAGAGCUCGGUUAACUCCCAAGAGACUUGGAGUGAGAAAGAUUUAAAGCGAUCUAAGGAGAAAAGGCUGGAACUGGUGGCUGUUAGUCACUUCAUUUGGCUGGAACUACUGCACAGACCCUUGUAAGAUUUAUAUGGAUCGAGGAGAUGUGUGUGUUAAUAGUCUCGUCUCUUUGAUGGUGUGUGUGUGUGUGUGUGUGUGUGUGUGUGUGUGGAGAGAGAGAGAGAGAGAGAGAGAGAGAGAGAGUGAGAUUGAGAUUCUAUAUUGAAAUUGAUUGUUAUAUAGAAGGGCUUUCUAGCUCUUUGGCAAGGUUGUGUUUAUAUCUGACAGAUGUUGCUGGAAAUAAAAACUUGAUUUGACAAA